CAAAGCAAAAACCCCAAAUUCUGAAAAAACGAUGACAACAUGAUUGAAAAGGGCACAAAUUUUCAAAAUUAUAAGUAAUUCGAUCGUUACCCAACUGUCUCAGCCUCCUCCUCCACAUCGUCGCCGGCUUGGCGGUACCGGAACAGACUGAACAAAAUCUUUAUCCGGUCAGACAACUCUGGAUCUAGGAUACAAAGGAUACUUGUGAAAGAACCACACACUAGAAGAUGAUUCUUCACUGAUCUCAUCUUUGUGUUGCUGCAACUGACGUGGAUUCUGUUCACGUUCAACCAACGAUGAUCCCUUCCCGAAGCCGAUAUUUUCCGAGGGAAUCAGGUGAUUACUGGGAGGCUUCGCAAGGGUUCGGGCUGCCGCGGACACUGCAUAGCUUUCCAGUGUUAACUAUCCAAUUCUGUGUCAAUUGAUGAAUCAUUUAGAAUUAAUUCAGAUGGAAGAAGUCUCCCCUAACAGCAAGCAUGAGAUUGGGGAUGAAGGUGGCGAGCAUAAUCUGCAAGAAAGAGAGGGGGAGAAAGCAGAACUAGACAGUGAAAACGGUUUUCCUGAAGGAAAGAAGGAUUUUGUGGCACCUGCUGUAGGAAUGGAGUUCGAGUCAUAUGAUGAUGCUUACAAUUAUUAUAAUUGUUAUGCUCGGGAGGCAGGUUUUCGAGUAAGGGUGAAAAAUUCAUGGUUCAAACGUAAUAGUAGAGAAAAGUAUGGUGCAGUGCUCUGCUGUAGCAGUCAGGGUUUUAAGAGAAUAAAAGAUGUGAAUCGUUUACGGAAAGAAACAAGAACCGGUUGUCCUGCAAUGGUGAGGAUGAGAUUGGUGGACUCAAGAAGGUGGAGAAUUCUUGAAGUUACACUUGAUCAUAACCACCUUCUUGGUGCAAAGGCUUACAGGUCUAUCAAGAAAAUGGGCACCGGUGGAACCAAGAAAAUGCUGCAACCAGACUCUGAUGCAGAAGGGCGAACAAUAAAACUAUAUAGGGCACUUGUAAUUGAUUCAGGGGGUAAUAAUGGGAACUCAAAUUCAAGUGGUCGAGAAUUAGGUUCUUCCUCUGAUCAUCAUCCGGAUCGGUUGAACUUAAAGAAAGGUGACACGCAAGCUAUUUAUAAUUACAUCUGUCGUAUGCAGUUGACUAACCCGAAUUUCUUUUACUUGAUGGAUCUUAACGAUGAAGGGCGUUUGAGAAAUAUGAUUUGGUUAGACGCCAGGUGUAGGGCUGCUAUUGGCUACUUUAGUGAUGUAAUUUACUUUGACACCACGUACUUGUCUAACAAAUAUGAGAUCCCGCUGGUCACGUUCGUUGGAAUGAACCAUCAUGGUCAGUCUGUGUUACUGGGCUGUGGCUUGCUUUCAGGGGAGACGGCAGAGUCUUAUCUCUGGGUUCUGAAAGCAUGGUUAACCAGCACAUCAGGGUGCGUUCCACAGACCAUAAUCACAGACAGAUGCAGGAUUUUGCAAAGUGUGGUUUCAGAGGUUUUCCCAAAAUCCCACCAUCGGUUCAGUUUGUGUCACAUCAUGAAGAAAGUCCCCGAGAAAUUAGGAGGGUUGCGCAACUACGAUGCCAUCAGAAAGGUACUGGUUAAAACAGUUUAUGAGACGUUAAAACCAUUCGACUUUGAAAGUUCAUGGGGGUUCAUGAUCCAGCGGUUUGGCAUUGGCGAACACGAGUGGCUUCGGUCUUUAUAUGAAGACCGAGCUUGGUGGGCCCCGGUGUAUCUAAAAGACACCUCUUUUGCUGGAAUGGCGGCUGCUUCACAACCCGGUGAAACCCUGCAUCCCAUCUUUGAUAAAUACAUUCACAAACAAACCCCUCUGAAAGAAUUUCUAGACAAAUAUGAACUCGCCAUGCAGAAAAAGCACAAGGAAGAAGCAGCUGCUGAUUCGGAAUCAAGAAACUCAUCCCCGACACUGAAAACAAGAUGUUCGUUUGAAUUGCAAUUGUCGAAAGUUUACACACGAGAAAUCUUCAAGAAAUUCCAAGUGGAAGUAGAGGAGAUGUAUUCUUGUUUCAGUACCACACAGUUGCAUGUCGACGGGCCAGUUAUAAUCUUCUUGGUGAAAGAGCGUUUUCUGGGUGACGGAAAUAGGAGGGAGGUCAAGGAUUACGAAGUUCUGUAUAAUCGAGCAGCUGCGGAUGUCCGUUGCAUCUGCAGCUGCUUUAAUUUCAACGGCUAUUUAUGCAGACAUGCUUUAUGUGUGCUUAACUUUAACGGGGUUGAACAGAUCCCUUCAAAGUAUAUUUUAUCGAGAUGGAAAAGGGAUUACAAGCGACUAUUCGUUUCAGAUCAUGUCGGGUCGAACAACGACUAUGGUUCAGAUGCAGUUCAGUGGUUUCAUCAGUUAUACAGAAGCUCGUUGCAGGUUGUGGAAGAAGGUGUGAUUUCACUGAAUCAUUAUAAGGCUGCUAUACAGACAUUUGAAGAGUGCUUAAAUAGAGUUCAUAAUAUUGAAGAUAAAACAUGAAUACGAUAUAUGAUUCGUUUUUCUUUUUCUUUCUGUUAUGUGUAAAUUAAUGUUGUUUUCUUUCUUGUGCAUAUAUCUUCUGUAUUUGAUAUAAGAUUAUUUGUUUCAUUUGACGGGUUUCGG